CAACUUGGCAGCAUGGCGGAGUCGGAAGACAUAAGUAGUAAUAGUAGCAGCAAUAGUAGUAGCAGAGAAGACAUGCACUUUUUCGAAGGUGUCGAGAAGCUGCUGGAGAUCUGGUUCGAGCCGAAUCCUGCGAACAAGAAUGCCGAUCUCCGGAAAAUCCCCAGACCGAUGUGGGAUGCACUGCUGAAAACGGUGCGAUGUGAAAUCAUCAGCUUCACCAGGAACGACCAGAUCGAUGCCUACGUGCUGAGUGAGAGCAGUAUGUUUGUGUCCAAACGUCGCUGGAUCCUUAAAACAUGCGGCACAACGACGCCAUUGCAGUGUUUCGAACCGCUGUUGCGUCUGGCCUCCGAAAUCGCUGGUUACAGCGAAAUCGAGGAUCUGUUCUACUCGCGCAAGAACUACAAGCGCCCAGAGUUGCAGGUUUCGCCACACCGGGGCUUUGACGAGGAGGUUGCCUUCUUGGAUUCGUUCUUCGAUGAUGGGCGCGCAUAUAGUCUCGGUGCAAUUAACCGCGACUGUUGGCAUCUUUACACACUGAGCCGCGGGGGAGGAGGCUCCAAACUCGAUGCACAACUCAUCGAGACGGCCAUGCAGCCGGACCCGGACCAGACAAUCGAGAUACUGAUGACGGAUCUCGACCCGAAGGUGAUGGCUAUUUUCACUAAGGAUGUUUGCACCACGGCAAAGGAGGCAACCCAGAAAUCGGGUAUUCAUCGUCUCUUGCCGGGAAUGAUCAUUGAUGACUAUCUCUUCGAUCCAUGCGGCUACUCUAUGAACGGCAUUUCCAAGCAUGGAUGCUACAUGACCAUCCACAUUACACCGGAACGCGAGUUCUCGUACGUCAGUUUCGAGAGCAAUGUCGCCUCGUCGGACUACGGAGAGCUUAUCACACGCGUGAUCCGUACGUUCCAGCCAGGCAAAUUUAUCGUGACCGUAUUUGCUAAUAAGACAUCGAUCGCUGCAAAUGCAAACCGCGAGAUCGAACAUUUGGGCACUAUUGAUCAGUGGAAACGACGUGACAUCCAGUACUCGCGUUUUGCCAGCUACGACCUUACCUACGCCCAAUACUGCAAAUACCCAAGCUGAGGUUUACCG